CUGUACUUCCUUGUCACUGCAAUGUUCCUGAGGUUCCUGAUUACUCUUGAUGAGGACUUGCAAUCCAUUCUGGUGACUGCACAAGUCAGCCAGGCUGUUGAUGUCAUGGGUCAGGUGGGUAAACCCAGAACAAUAUCAGGUUUCCAGACU